AUGCGGAGUUUCAACGUGAUGAUCGUCUGGGAAGGUCACCUUCAAGCCCGGAGCAAUCAGCCCAUGGUAGUCCAGCUUCCCAGCAUCUCAACCACCUUGGUCCAAACUGGCAUCAGGCAACGAUUACCUGAGACUGGCCAGAAUGGUGGAUCUCAUAUCCGUGAUCUUAUGCAACGAGUCCAGAAACUGGAGGAAUCUUCGAUUAGUGGAUCCCAGACUGAAGGUAGCCCGAAGUUUAGGGCACGCUACGAGGGAAGCCAGCCCUCUGUAAGUCGGCCGUCGCCAGCGGACACGCAAGAGUGGCAAACAGUUUUGAAUAAAUCAAGAGACUGGGGCAGGAGUCGCUGGACAGGUGCAGCGAAAGAGUUUUCCGUUGUAAUUGCCUGCUACAGCGCUAUCAUAGAAAAAGGAACCAAUGACCGCUCGCUGCAAAGCUCCGAAGUCUUGGAAGUGAUUUCAGAAGCAGGAAAUUUUCUUCGCAAAUGCAAAAAUAGAGCCAAGGCCAUGAAAAUUGGCCGCCCAACCAGAGGUCUCCCGUCCCCUGACCUUGGAUUUUUGGUCCCCUCUCGUGAAAUGUCGGAUGUCAUGGCUACUCUCUACGUGGAAUCAUUUGAACCAACACUUCGAUUACUUCACAUCCCGACCUUCUGGGCCGAGUACCAAAAGUUUUGGGGUAACCCUGAUGGGGCCCCACAAAGUACACGCCUCAAGAUUCUUUUAGUCGUUGGCAUAGGGUCUUGCCUGUAUGACCAUGGAGACCGAGCUGCGGCACUCUGCAAUAUUGAAUUGGUCCAUCAGUGGAUAUACUCUGCACAGACCUGGCUUUCAGGCCCAUUGGAAAAGGAUCGCCUGGAUAUUUCCGGAUUGCAAGUGUAUUGUUUGGCCAUUUUGGCUCGGCAAGUAUUUUCUAUUGGAGGAGAUAUGAUUUGGAUUUCAACGGGAUCGCUGGUCCAUACGGCCAUGCAAAUUGGGUUGCACCGUGACCCUAAACAUCUCCCAGAGAUGCCAGUGAUGGAGGCUGAGCUUCGCCGGAGACUAUGGUACACCGUUCUUGAAUUGGUCAUUCAGUCGUCCUUGGAUUCUUGGAUGCCACCACGGAUUUCCUUUGAUGAGUUUGACACCGAGCCACCUUCAAAUUUUAAUGAUGACCAACUGCAUGAGUCCACGAUAGACCCCCAGCCCCAUCCAAAAAACAUAUUCACUGCUACUUCAGUACAAAUCGCCUUGAUUGAGUCGAUGCCAACACGUCUUCGGAUUGUCCAAGCUCUUAAUGGAUUGAAGUCUGAUGUCUCAUAUGAGCUAGCCCUGGAACUAACCUCUGAUCUACUAGAUUGCCUCCAAAUCCGUGGUAGCCUAGUCAAGGGCGGCGGUGGGUCGUCCGCCUUCCAUCGAAAUUUCUUCGAUUAUCUCGUUCGCAGGUUCAUGAUUCCGCUACACUACUCCUUCAGCAACCAGGCACGCACAAACCCAUUAUAUCACUACUCGCUCAAAGUCAGUCUUGAUGCCGCCCUUGCCAUAGUAUCACCAGAGGUGGACGAUAGAUUUUCCAGGCUCAUGGCAACUGGUGGUGGAUUAUUUCGAGAAGGAAUUAGAUGUGCCACUUCAGCAAUUAGCCUUGAGCUUCUCGCUCAUGUCGAAACACAGCGCCUCAAUGGCACGCUGCACCGAACUGUCCAGUACCGAGAAUUUCUCAAGCAGACCGUUUUCGAUCUUAUAGGCAUGUCAGAAGAGCGUAUACGGCAGGGUGAAACGAAUGUGAAAAAUCACAUGUUUUUGAGGAUGAUUCUCGCUCAGGCCGUGGCUGUGGAGAUGGAGGCCCCGGUUGAACUUCAAGUUGCCCUGGCCGCGAGGGAAAGUUUAGAACUAUGCAACGAUCUCUUAAAGACGAGAGAAGAUACCAGCUCGAUACCAUCGCCGGAUGAUUUAGCACUCUCUGGGAUGGAUGGUAUCCAGGCAUUCGACGGGCUGGGGACGGAUGUUGGCUGGGAAUCCUUUUUCCCAAUUGCAAGAUUUGGUCCUUAUAUGUAA